GGAUGGGUGUUUAAUCCAAGUAAUCGAUGGCUUAAUCCAAGUUCGCUUCGUCUGCUGCGGAUCGCUGCAUUUUGGGGGGUUUAAGGAAAUGGGAGUAUAAAUACGACUUCUCGUGCUUGACCGGCGAAGACCCGAUGUGCAUGCUCGAACGCCGAGUCGCCGCGAUUGGGAACGAGGGCCACAGAGGAAUGCUGCCGCCGCCGGCGGCAGCGGUGUUUUCGGAGCGGGCUCAGGCGGAGGAGAACACGGCCAUCGUGUCGGCGCUCGCGCACGUCGUCGCCAGCGGCCGCGGCCCACCUGGCCCGGCACCGUCGCUGGUCAUGCCGUACCACCAGGGCGUCGGAGAUCCGGGACCCGCAGAACAAGGGACGGAGGAGCAGCGGGGGAGGAAGUACCGGGGCGUGAGGCGGCGGCCGUGGGGCAAGUGGGCGGCGGAGAUCCGGGACCCGCAGAAGGCGGCGCGGGUGUGGCUCGGCACGUUCGCCACCGCCGAGGACGCGGCGCGCGCCUACGACGCCGCCGCGCUCAGGUUCCGCGGGAGCCGCGCCAAGCUCAACUUCCCCGAGGACGCGGCGGCCGCCGCCGCGCGUCGCGCCACGGACGCCGCGACGGCAGCUGCGGCGGCGUCCGCGAGGCCGGCCGCGCUGCUGGAGUCGCAGCCGCAGCACGGGGGCGACGCCAUGGGCUACCUGGACGGGGCACUGGCGCCGAGCAACGGGAUGGGCUGGCACUUUGGCGGCGGCGCGAACGGCCGCUUCCUGGGUUCGUGGAGCAUCGGGACGUCGCCCACGUCGUCGGGCUCCGACGCGUCGCUCGCGGGGCCCGCCUCCGCUCCCCUGUUCCAGUUCGGAAGCGGCUUGAAACAGAGCAGUGACAGUAGUUCGUGUAGGGAUUAUUAGGUUUACAACUGUACCAUUUCUUCCGAGGUUGGUUGCAGAUGACCGAUGAUCAAAGUUCCUACUUCCGCGUCAUCGUUCAAUCUUUUAAGCGAGAUUGUUCGGAAUCA